GAGCCCCCUGAGAGAGAGGUUUAGGGGCAGGAUGGGGUCGCAUGGAAGGCAGGAUCGGGGGCACAGUGGAGCCCCCUGCAAGGGAGAAUUAAGGACACGAUGGGGGUCCAAAGGCAGAACUGUGGGGGCAUCACGGAGCCCCCUGCAAGGGAGGGUCAGAGAACAUUAUGGGGUCUCAAGGUGGAUUUAGGGGGACGCGCAAAGCCCCCUGCGAGGGAGGUUUAGGGACAGUACAGGGGUCCCACUGCAGGACUGGGGACCCCAACGGAGCCCAGUCCCACCAGGGCCAUGCUGAGGGUCCCCAUGCGCGACAAGAUGCGCCCGUCCCCCCCCCGGUGAGCCCCCCCCCGUGUCUGUCUCCACCAAUGCGCGGCCUCGGGGGGGCCCGGGGGCGGCGCUCGGCCGGGGCCCGCUUGUUUUUUGUGAAUGAAAGGCGGGGCGGCCGCGACUGCAGCGCGCAGGGCAGCGGCGGGCGCAGCGCGCAGGGCCGCCACCCGCGCAGGGCUCGGCGCAGCGCAGCGGGCCGCGGAUGCGGACAUCGGGGCGGCCCAGCAGCCGCCAUGGGCCCCCCCGGGCCCGGCGCUGAGCAGCGCUGCAGCCGUGCCCAGCCCAGCCGCGCCAGCCGCGCCGUGGCCAUGUCCGGAGGGGCGAGCCGGGCCCCGGCCCCUGGGAGCCGCCGCUUCGUCUGUGUUGGUGUCCCAAUUAAUGGAUUCUGACAUGGAUUAUGAGAGGCCAAACGUAGAAACCAUCAAGUGCGUCGUGGUCGGGGACAACGCGGUGGGCAAGACCCGGCUCAUCUGUGCCCGCGCCUGCAACGCCACCUUGACCCAGUACCAGCUGCUGGCCACCCACGUGCCCACGGUGUGGGCCAUCGACCAGUACCGCGUCUGCCAGGAGGUGCUGGAGCGCUCCCGGGAUGUGGUAGACGAUGUCAGCGUGUCCUUGCGCCUCUGGGACACCUUUGGUGACCACCACAAGGACAGGCGCUUUGCCUACGGCAGGUCCGACGUUGUGGUUUUGUGCUUCUCCAUCGCCAACCCCAACUCGCUGCACCAUGUGAAGACCAUGUGGUACCCCGAGAUCAAACACUUCUGCCCCCGUGCCCCCGUCAUCCUGGUGGGCUGCCAGCUCGACCUGCGCUACGCCGACCUGGAGGCCGUCAACCGGGCACGGCGACCCCUGGCCAGGCCAAUUAAACCUAACGAGAUCCUUCCCCCGGAGAAGGGCAGGGAGGUGGCCAAGGAGCUGGGGAUCCCUUAUUACGAGACGAGCGUGGUGGCCCAGUUCGGCGUCAAGGACGUCUUUGACAACGCCAUCCGCGCCGCCCUCAUCUCCCGCCGCCACCUGCAGUUCUGGAAGUCCCACCUGCGCAACGUGCAGCGGCCCCUGCUGCAAGCCCCCUUCCUGCCCCCCAAGCCCCCUCCUCCCAUCAUCAUGGUCCCGGACCCCCCUUCCAACAACGAGGAGCGUCCAGCCCACCUCCUGGAGGACCCCCUGUGCGCGGACGUCAUCCUGGUGCUGCAAGAGAAGAUCAAAAUCUACGCACACAAGAUCUACCUCUCCACCUCCUCCUCCAAGUUCUACGACCUGUUCCUCAUGGACCUGAGCGAGGAGGACCAGCAGGGCACCACCGCGGGGCACGGCUUCGGCGCGGCCGGCGCGGCGGCGGCCGCCGAGCGGGUGCUGCACCAGGAGGAGAGGCACCACGGGCGGGAUUUCCUGCUGCGGGCCGCCAGCUUCGACAUCUGCGAGAGCGCCGAGGAGGCCGGACCCGGCCAGCGCAAACCGUGCCUUAGAGCCUCCACCAGUGACGGCAUCCUGCGGGGAGACCGCUACGAGGGCGGCGAGCGCGGGCUGCGGCGCGGCCGCAACCUCUCCUCGUGGAGCCGCGCCUUCGCCAGCAUCCAGGAGGAGAUGGCCGAGGACCCGCUGACCUACAAGUCCAAGCUGAUGGUGGUGGUGAAGAUGGACGCGUCCAUCCAGCCGGGGCCUUUCCGGGCCGUGCUGAAGUACCUGUACACGGGCGAGCUGGACGAGAACGAGCGGGACCUCAUGCACAUCGCUCACAUCGCCGAGCUGCUGGAGGUGUUCGACCUGCGCAUGAUGGUGGCCAACAUCCUCAACAACGAGGCGUUCAUGAACCAGGAGAUCACCAAAGCCUUCCACGUCCGCAGGACCAACCGGGUGAAGGAAUGCCUGGCCAAGGGGACUUUCUCGGAUGUCACCUUCGUGCUGGAUGACGGUGCUAUCAGUGCCCACAAGCCCCUGCUCAUCUCCAGCUGUGACUGGAUGGCCGCGAUGUUCGGCGGCCCCUUCGUGGAGAGCUCCACCAACGAGGUGGCACUUCCUCACACCAGCAAGAGCUGCAUGCGGGCGGUGCUGGAGUACCUGUACACGGGGCAGUUCAGCUCCAGCCCCGACCUGGACGACAUGAAGCUCAUCAUCCUCGCCAACCGCCUCUGCCUGCCCCACCUGGUGGCUCUCACAGAGCAGUACACGGUCACCGGGCUGAUGGAGGCGGCGCAGAUGAUGGUGGACAUCGAUGGGGACGUGCUGGUGUUCCUGGAGCUGGCUCAGUUCCACUGCGCCUACCAGCUCGCCGACUGGUGCCUGCACCACAUCUGCACCAACUACAACAACGUCUGCCGCAAGUUCCCCCGCGACAUGAAGGCCAUGUCGGGAGAGAACCAGGAGUACUUCGAGAAGCACCGCUGGCCGCCGGUGUGGUACCUGAAGGAGGAGGAUCACUACCAGCGGGCGAAGAAGGAGCGGGAGAAGGAAGACUACCUCCACCUCAAACGGCAGCCCAAGAGGCGCUGGCUCUUCUGGAACGCCUCCUCCUCCCCUUCUUCCUCUCCUUCGUCGUCGGCAGCCACAGCCUCCUCUUCCUCCUCCUCCUCCUCCUCCUCAGCUGUGGUUUGAAAGCCCCGUCCUUGCCCUGGCUCCAGCGUCCCUGGGAGGAGACGGGGAGGAGGAGGAGGAGGAGGAGGAGGAAGGGUGGGCCUGCCCCAGCGCCAGGCACGGGAAGCCGCGGAGCAGGCGGCGGUGGCGGCUCCUGGAGCGCUGCUCUCCCCGUGGCAGAGCCCGAGCAGCAGGAGAGACUCGGCAGGAGAAACUCGGCGGGACAAACUCGGCAGGACAAAUUCAGCAGGACAAACUCAGCAGGACAAACUCGGCAGGACAAACUCGGCAGGACAAACUCACCUUGGCGGGAGCACCAGGGCUCUGCUGCGGUUUCGUUCUGGGGAAUCUUUUGUUGGAAAUCAAUUUUGGGUGGGUUUUUUUUUGGAAGAUCGGCAGCAUGAGGAAGAAGAAGAUGAAGAUGAAGGAGAAACACAUCCUGCUUCCACUUGGAUUUGGAAACAGAAGCUCUGGGGUGUGGUUUGGGUGUCUGAUGGCAUCUCACCACCUGGAGCCACCGCGGGGGUCCUGCCACCCCCUUCGACUCACAGCAGGGUCAGGCACGGGGCAGGGGACCCUGGUUCCCAAAUGCCCCCAGGCACUGCAGAAUUCCCCCUACAAGUGGGGCCUGUCCUAAAUCAGGGCACGGAGGGGACCCCAGUCCUCUCCUCCCUGUUCUUAACUCUUCAGUUUUGUCUAGACAGAAACUUCAAGCAAAAAAAAGCCCCUGACCCCAUCCCAAUCCCACUCCCCUCAACCUGCCACACCAGAAACCAACCCCGAGCCCUCGGCUUGGGAUUCCAGCCUGGAAGGCUCCAUUGUAAUAAAUGGCAUUUUGAAAGCC